GGGGGUGACGGAAGGCGGUGUUUAUUUCCCUAAUACAUUUAUUUAUCUUAUUUCCCCCUGCCGCCCGAUAUAAGAUAUAUAUUCAUGUGGAGAAAGCCGAUGUGCGCUUGGGUUUAUAAGCGUGGGCGAUCGUUUUUCUUUUUUUUUACUUAGACUUUGUUCGCAGGGGCUCUUUUCUCGCUAUCCCUGAACUUCCCGUUGCAAGAAGCGCAUAGAAAGAGAGAAGAGAAGAGAGAGAGAGAGAGAGCUGCAGGAAAAGGGAACAUCACGCACGGGGUGUCGUUGUGAAAGCAGUCGUUCCUCUGCGUCCAUACACUCCUCGCCGUAAAACGUAUGUUUUGACGCUUUAUUAACAGCCGGAUCCGUCGCGUUAUUCGCCUUUAAGUGUAACGCAGUCUACAGCGGUGGUUUCAAGCACGGGGGAUUUAAUGGGAGUCUUGCAUCGAUAAAGCUCUUUUCCCCCCCUUGACGGACCCUCGCUCGAACCGAACCGGACUCGGGCGCUGUCCUCACCGGGGGGUGUGCGAUCAAACUUAACGUACAUUUUUUUUUACUACGAAAAGCAAAGGCAGGUCGCUCUGGCCGUCUUUUGUGGAGUCCGAACAUGGCAGGAAAUCUGAAGAAAGGUGGGGGGCUUAUAGGCAUGAUGAAGGACGCUUUUCAGCCUCACCAUCACCUCCAUCACACCCAUCACCAGCCCGGGGCCGUGGACAAAAAGACGGUGGAGAAAUGCUGGAAAUUCAUGGACAAGGUUGUGCGAUUAUGCCAGAACCCCAAACUGGCCCUGAAGAACAGUCCACCGUACAUCCUGGACCUACUGCCGGACACGUACCAGCAUCUCCGCACCAUCCUGUCACGCUACGAAGGCAAGAUGGAAACACUAGGUGACAAUGAGUACUUCCGUGUUUUCAUGGAGAAUCUGACCAAGAAGACCAAGCAGACCAUAAGUCUUUUCAAGGAUGGCAAAGAGAGAAUGUUCGAGGAGAAUUCUCAGCCCAGACGGAACCUGACGAAAUUGUCGCUGAUAUUCAGUCACAUGCUAGCUGAGCUCAAAGCUAUCUUUCCCAAUGGGCUGUUUCAAGGUGAUAACUUCAGAAUCACUAAAGCAGACGCUGCAGAGUUUUGGAGAAGAUCGUUCGGGGACAAGACCAUCGUGCCAUGGAAGGUGUUCCGGCAAGCCCUGCAUGAAUUCCACCCAAUCAGCUCAGGCCUGGAGGCCAUGGCUCUCAAAUCCACCAUUGACCUUACCUGCAACGACUACAUCUCUGUCUUCGAGUUCGACAUCUUCACCAGGCUUUUCCAGCCAUGGUCAUCACUGCUGAGAAACUGGAACAGCCUGGCAGUGACUCAUCCGGGGUACAUGGCCUUUCUCACCUACGAUGAAGUCAAAGCCCGUCUGCAAAAAUUCAUUCACAAACCCGGCAGCUAUAUCUUCAGGCUGAGCUGUACACGCCUCGGCCAGUGGGCUAUCGGUUAUGUCACGGCUGAUGGGAACAUUUUGCAGACCAUUCCCCACAACAAGCCACUCUUUCAGGCUCUCAUUGAUGGGUUUCGGGAAGGAUUUUAUCUUUUCCCAGACGGCCGCACUCAGAACCCAGACCUCACAGGGCUUUGUGAGCCUUCUCCUCAAGACCAUAUCAAAGUCACACAGGAGCAAUAUGAGCUCUACUGCGAGAUGGGCUCCACCUUCCAGCUGUGCAAGAUCUGUGCUGAGAACGAUAAGGAUGUUAAGAUCGAGCCGUGCGGCCAUCUCAUGUGCACUUCCUGUCUCACAGCCUGGCAGGAGUCUGAAGGCCAGGGCUGCCCCUUUUGUCGCUGUGAAAUCAAAGGCACUGAGCCUAUCGUCGUUGAUCCCUUUGACCCCAAGGACCCAAAUAGUGUAAUGUCUUAUGGAUGCUGCAAGGGCUCAUUUGGUGCCGAGGGAGCCCUUUCGCCUAGCUACGACGAUGAUGACGACGACCGAUUGGAGGACUCCCCGUUCAUGAUUAGCAAGUUGGUCGGUGCUAAAGUGGAGAGACCGCCCUCGCCGAUGUCUGUCGCCCCUCAGUCCACCGUUCCUCCAGUACCUCCCCGACUGGAUCUCCAUCCUUUGAGACCCACCAACCCUCCCGGAGCUUCGAGUCCAGGGGCCACGUCUAAGGCCCCCUCUCUUCACAAAGACAAGCCCUUACCCCUCCCUCCAGCUCUAAGGGAUCUUCCACCUCCUCCUCCCCCAGACCGGCCACCCCCAACCGGCUCUGACAGCCGACUCCCGAGACGGCCUCUACCCAAUACGCCCGGCGAACCUCUUCGGGACAAACUUCCCCCUGCACCACCCAACCGCAACCUGCCAGACUGGAACUCUCGACCUGUACCCAAAGCACCAUCCCAGCCACCGGUGACCGGAGAUUCCCGCAUAUCUCGAGAACUCUCUAAUCGACAUUCUCUGCCCCUGCAACUGCCCUCCGCGCUUGAUGCCAGAGCAGAAGCCCCAAGAAACAACGGCCCUCCAAACCUCGACCAUCAACUGAGUGUUGGAUCAUCCGUUGCUGGUUCUGACUAUGACACCCCCAAAGUGAAGCCGUCUGCAUCGGCGAACGCCAUCUAUUCCCUGGCAGUCAGGCCCAUGAAAGGAGCGAAGCUGCAGACUGGCGUGGAGGACGCCUGCGAGAACGAUGAAGAGUCCGAGUACAUGUCUCCAUCAUCUCUGCCACUGUUGCCCUCUGCUGCCGGGGAACUUGUGCCCAGACCUCCACCACCUUCUUCAAGGAACUUACUCAAUGAUAUAGACUCGGAGAGUCAACAGACAUAUGAAGCCAUGUACAACAUCCAAGCCCAGGCUGCGACCGCCUCCAGCUCAGAUUACUCCGACUUGCCUCCAUUGACCUGCUCCAACGGGCCAGGGGAUCCAAUCGGCACAUGCAGCGAGGAAGAAGAGGAAAAUAGCUAUGACUACCCCAAGCCCCCUUUACCUGUCGCCCCAGCUCGACGCACCCUGUCCGAUACCAACCCCACGACAUCUGCUUUCAGCCGCAUCUCUAUAGACAAUGAACUCGGAGCCGCAGCGAGCACGGACCUCUCCGAAGCCCCCGAGCGGCCUCCGAAGCCUCUUCCCCGUCGCAUCAACUCAGAACGCAGGUCCAGUCCUGUCCCCCCUGGAGCGAGUCCAGGACCCAGCCAGCAGGUCUCCAGCGAGAUCGAGCAUCUCUUGAGCCAGGGCUACUCCCAGCAGGACAUCCAAAAAGCCCUUAUGAUUGCACAGAACAAUAUCGAGAUGGCCAAGAACAUACUGAGGGAGUUUGUGUCCAUCCCCUCCGCGGCACAUAUCUUAACAUAACAAACCACUACUUCUAGUGACGGCGAGAGUCCUUUUUUACGUGGCGCUUUUUGAAUUCCCGGUCCUCCUUGGUGUGUGUGGAGGGGCGCGACUCCUGGCGAGGGGCGCGACUGUUUUGUCAGCCUGAAUCUUCACCAGUCUCGGUGCGUCUUGAGGCAUCGCAUGUCCCCUGAGGCUUUCCGUGAAACAAGGAGAAAAAUACAAAGAAAAAAGACAAGAACAUGUAUGCGUUUCUAUAAUGAUUUAAUAUAUAAAUCAGAAUAUUGAGUAUAGUUAAUAUAUACACAUGUAUGUUGGACAGGUUCAGGGUGUGAAGUAUUAGGCCUCGGAGUUGGGCUAGCUAAAGGGAGUUCAGAUAAACACAGCGGACUGCAGCUGAGCAUUUUCUGGUGUGAAAAAAUGGCCUUUACUUGUGUCGCUUCGGUACAUUUAUUUGACUGUGUAAAUUUUUUUUUGUGAAGUAGCAUGGCGUAUGUGUCGCAGUUGUUCCCCAGCUAAGGUGCUGUGUUGGGAUAUCGCUCAGCCCGAAGCGACCCAUUCUCCGAUUUCACCGUGACCUCCAGGGUACUGUAGGUACAGGGCUGUGGGAUUUCGGCGCGUGGUGACGGCUGGCAUCGGAAAUGGGCUCUCCGUCAGCCUCGUUGCGUUUGUGUAGCAUUACUGUAACUGUACUGUACCAUGAAUUUCAAUUCUAAAAUUAGACACAGGAAUCGAGGACAGCCAAUCCUUUACGUUUCCCGCAAGGUAGAACAAGCUGAUGAAGGGUACACUCCUCUUGUAAGACAAAUUUGAUAUUUUAAAAGCAGGGUCCCAACACCUCACAUUGCCCACGCCCUGUUUGAAAGCAAACAGCAGGGGACGUGUAACGUUUUUUUCGAAUCUUCUGAAUGUGUCAUUAAUGUGGUGAUCUCUGGCAGACUUUUGUGAAGUUGUGUGUUUACUAAAGAUUUCUAACAGAUUUAAAGGUAAUGUAGAGAAGGCUGGGUGAGGGGUGAGUUGGCCUAUUUAAAAAAAACAAGUAUUCGCUUCUAAGGUCCACGGCCUGGCCAAGUUUCUGUAUUUGGUAGGGAUUGAAAUCGCUCGAUUGGUGGGGAGGAUCUGACUCGUGUAUGAAGCUGUUCAUCUUUAAAACCCUGUCAUUCGAUCACCUUAAUAUAUUGUUGUUAUUAAUGUUAUUAUUAUUAUUUGUUUGAUUUAUUGUUAUUAAUACAGAAGUGCUUUACUGCUGCUAUUAUUGUUAGUGCUAUACAAUUAAGCCUUAAAUGUACAUUUGUGAAUACUGUGUUUAACCCAUUUUAAAGUGACAGUAUCUGUUCUGUGCGAUUCCGUCAUGUAGCAUACUUGAAAUCAGAAGCAUAUUGCGCAGGUGUGAGCCCGGUUUGUGUGUGGUAUAAUUGUGUGUAUGUGUGCGCGCAUGUGUGGCUUAAAACGCUUUCAUCCAGGUACUAUGUUGUGUUUUGCUCAUAUGUUUUUAUUUUACCGAUGUAAAAUUCAUCGUGGGGCUCAUCACAGGAGGCCUUAUGUGUCUGUUCUUUCCUUGUCCUGUGAGGCUUCUAUUAACCGUGUCACAGAUCGGAUCGUUCAGCGGCAGCCCUGUUAAAGCCAUGAUCGCAGUGCCCCUGGUCCGCCUGCUGUUUGGGAGAAGAAGAGACCUGUGUUCGGUCCUUCCCAAUCUCCCCUUGUACUCAGGAAUAUCGUACAUUUAAACAGAAUCUAUAUUAGUCCAUACCAGUGAGUGAUUUAAGGACCUUGAAAGCAGUGCAAGACUCUCAUAUUCAGGGUGAAAUAAUGCUAGACUACUUUUUAAAGUCGCUCUUAAUUAUAUCAGAGGAAUAUUUCUCAAAACAUCCUUUAACUUCUUUUAAGGAGGAAUUGUUUGCUUACAGCACCGGCACACUAGUAAUCCAUUAUUGAAUCCCUGCUGUGCUAUGAAAUGUUUGGGGGUUCUAGGACUUAAGAACUUGUGAUUGAUGUCGCCAACAUCACAACACAAAUAUUCAGAGUCCCUAAAACCCACUAGAGUUAAACUGGGAGUUGCAUUGGGAUUGCAGGUACUUCUUCAUCUCAAUGUUGUUGGUACACAUUUAACCUUGAGAGUUGAAUCUGCCAGUUUUCUAGCAGUUUCUAGUUUAUUUUCAGCUCUAGACUGUCACUGUGUGUAUGGUGGUUUCCGAAGUGUCUGUAGGCUUUGAAGCAUAACUGGUAUGGUUUAAUACUGAUGUUUUAUGGCACCAAAUGAAGUUUUCACGAGAAGGUGAAAGUUAGUUUUCUAACCUUUUUUUUAUUCGUUUCAUUUUUAAUUACUGUACUACUAUAUCUUGAUAUUGAUGUAAGCCUAACGGACGUGUGUUUGUAUGUUAAAAUGUGUACAAUAUUUCGCACAAUGUACAAUUUGUGCUGCGAUACUGUCACUUUAAAAUCACGUGUGUAAAGUUACUUAUAUAUAGAAUACGUGGAAAUGUCAAUUUCAUUUUGCAUUUCUGUACAUGUCAGAAGUUUAUUUUUGUUUACUGAUGUGAAUAUUACUGUGAGCAGUGCCAUAUGUUUAGAUAUGUCCGUCAUUUUUGUUCUGCUACCCUGAAAAAGGCCUUGUUAGUUUAAAGAUUGAAUGAUAUCCAAGUGAAAGUUCCCUCACAAAUGACGAUGUCGCUUCUCUGGCCUGGUCGGUGAUGUGUCCGUUUACGGAAAUGUCUCAAGUUAGACCACAAGAGGGAGGCUUCUCCUUAUUUUGCCAUAACAUACCGGAGUAUGUCAGUUUCUUUUGUGCUAAUUCUCAUAUCAUUUUGGAAGUAUGCACAGCGCUAUACUGUUACUAUUAAAUGAAUAGAAAAAAACCUCAAUGUCUUCAUUGUCAAUGAAAAGUG